CCUUAGGGACUGUGCCGGCACAUAUGUAAAUUCUCUUCCUCUUCUUUCGCAACAAUUAGGUUUCUGCUCUGCUGCUACAAUCAAUGGGGAAGGGAACAGGGAGUUUCGGUAAGAGGAGGAACAAGACCCACACCCUCUGUGUCAGAUGCGGCCGUCGCAGCUUCCACCUCCAGAAGAGUCGUUGUGCUGCGUGUGCUUUCCCAGCAGCGCGCACUAGAAAAUAUAACUGGAGUGUGAAGGCCAUUAGGAGAAAGACCACUGGAACCGGAAGAAUGAGGUACCUGCGUCACGUGCCUCGCCGAUUCAAGAGCGGCUUCAGAGAGGGUACCGAGGCUGCACCCAGGAAGAGAGGAGCGGCUACCACUGUCUAAGCUUUGGAAGGUAGCAAUUUUAUUUUUCUGGAUCAUUCAAUUGUUGGAGUUAAUCCUUACCUUGUGGAACAAUUUUUCUUUCUGUCGUUUUGAUCUCAUUUGAUAUAUAUGGAUUUGUAUUUCAACUUGAGGAUGGUAUGGAGUUUUGGUUUGAUAGUGUUUUUACGUCUAUUUUUUAGUUUUCAACUAAGGCCUUAUUUUUGGUGUUUUGUGGUUGUUGGCAAUGAAUUAGAAUUUACUAGUUUAUGGUAAUUGUGCUAAUAUGGUAGUUUGGAUUGUGGCCUUGGCUUAUAUUUUGCUACAUUAGGAGAAUUUGAGAUUAGAAUA